CCUGCCGAUCCCACCCAGAGAACUUAUUUCUCUGUUCAAUGUUUGCUUCUCUGACUAACUAAUAAAAUCCUCUAACAUCCAAUCCUGUGAAAAUCUUGGACAGAGUAGACAAGUUCACUGCCACAUCUCCACCAUGUCCCAACCACCUAGCAAUCAAGGCUCGAUAUGGAACAAAACGAAAGUUUUCGGCAAGAAAAACUUCGACAAAGCCUGGGGUGCCCUAGACAAAUUGGGGGACCCCGUCAACCGACUGAGCAAUAAACUCGGCUCGGAGGCCUUUUGGCCCAUGACGCUGGACAAGGAAAGCGAGAAAGUGGCUCGGAUACUGCGGAGUUUCUGUAAAGAUGGCGUCUACGUCGAGGAGUCGACAGAAAAUACACCCAUUGACGACACGAAAGGAACAAAGACCCAGAUCGAUAAGCCGAGAGGCAAACCAAAAGUGUUGAAGAAGAUCCCAUCUGAGGUCAUCCGACAGGCGAAGGGAUUAGCCAUCUUUACGGCUAUGAGGACUGGAUUAUGGUUUAGUGGUGCAGGCGGUAGUGGAGUUCUCCUCAGCAGAGUGCCCGAAACCGGGGAGUGGAGUGCGCCGUCUGGUAUCCUGUUGCACACAGCUGGCUUGGGAUUUCUGGUCGGCGCUGAUAUUUAUGAUUGCGUGAUGGUCAUCAACACAUACAAAGCUCUGGAGGCCUUUACAAAGGUCCGUGUCACUCUUGGGAGCGAGAUUAGUGUUGCUGCUGGACCGGUUGGAAUGGGUGGUGUGCUGGAGUCAGAGGUGCAUAAACGACAAGCUCCGGUCUGGAGUUACGUUAAGAGUCGAGGGUUCUAUGCGGGUGUGCAGAUUGAUGGAACUAUCGUGAUCGAGCGUAUGGAUGAGAAUGAACGCUUCUACGGUAGGAAGCUGCCGGUCAAGGAGAUUCUAGAUGGUCACGCCUGGACGGAUAAUCCCUCAGUGAAAAUGCUUACGCACACGAUUCACGCGGCACAAGGGGAUGCACAAUUUGAGCAAAGCCCUGUUGGAGUUAACGUGGCGACAGGACCAAGUCCAAGUGACCUCAGAUAUACAGAGCUUGCUAACGCUCAGAUGGCUCAGGUCAAUACCACACCAAACGGUGGGUCACAGUAUAACACUGGGCCAGCUGGGCCUACUCCACAUCCUUGAUAGCGAUAGUAUUACUAGCAUCUGGUGCUUUGUAUCGAUGGAAUAUAGUCUGCGUAUGGAAAUCUAGCAGUUGGGUUCUUUUUUUUAAUUUCUUACCGUCAAUUAUUAUAUUUAAACUGCUGCUCAUGAUAAGGUAAGAACCGGAAGAAUAGCUGUGGCCGUUUGUUGCCCUAAUUAGC